AUAAAUAACAUUUUCAUUUACAGCAAAUCUGUUAACCAUCCUUUGAAAGAAAUUAAUAAUUCUAAACUUUGCGAAAUAAGGCAGGCUUUGCAAUGAGUAAUUUGGACGAUCUCUUGGGAAAGAAAAAGACCGUUGUGUCCGUGUUGGAUUUGAGUAGGAAUAUUGUGCAGUCCAGUGAGGAGUUUAAACGAUUGAUGGAAAAAGUUCCUGAAUAUAAAAUGAGACCAAUAAAAGUGCGUACAGAAGACAUAAAAAUUAAGGAAAAAGACUACUCGUUUAAGUGGAAUAAAAAAGAAAUGAGAAGACUAUUGAAAACUAAUGGUGAGCGUGAGCCACUUUAUACAUAUGCAGACCCUGUGCCCAGCGAAAUGAAGGAUGCAAAUCUCUACGAGCUGUGUGUUGUUCCCAUCGAUUGGAAAAUGCUAACCACGCUAAGACCAAAGUCCAAGGUGGAAGAAGAGUUUUUUUCGCGGAUGGUUGAAAUGGGAAAACUUCAAAUUAAGACGGAGCAACGAGAUCGCAGAGAAUUUAUGAUUAACAAUUACGUUAAAAAGUUAAAAAACAAAUCUGGUAUUGUUGAAACUCGUCUUCAGACGUGUACGGAGUGUGGCGAAGAAAUGUGUACAGGAAAGGCAUGUGCAGAAUUUAAUUAUGACCUGUUUGCACGAGUUGAACCCAAAUAUCCCAAAUCGAAGCCUAUACCGAAUGCCGGAAAUAAGGGUAAAAUAAAUGGUCGUAAGAAAAUGGCUCCAAACGGGUCAAAGACUAAACAAAAGAAAUCUAAAUAAAGGUUACAAUAAUAAAAAACAAAAAUAUAAA